AUGCUCGGUGACUUUACGUACAGUAAGCAAUCCAUCUCCAGCACUGGCGUCAGGUGGAAGUGCUCCAGGCAAGUGUCGAGGAAAUGCAACGCCUACGUGGUGGUGGAUGGCCACGGGCGUAUUUUGAAGAUGAACGACAAGCACAUGCAUGAGCCAUUUCGCUUCAUUCGCACGAGCAAGAAGAGACUGCUGGCGAUGCUCAACGGUUUCACGUACUUCAGGCACUACGCCCUGAAGAGCGGCGUGCGUUGGCAGUGCACGAAACACUACUCGCAGAACUGCAACUCCUACCUGAUAGUAGACACCGGCGGCACUAUAUUGCGCUUGAACGAGAACCACACUCACGCACCUUCCAAUUACCUAUGCAACAAAGACGUCAAAUUCAUAACGACACUGGGCGGGCGGAAGCUGGCGCUCUUCAACGGGUACACAUAUUUCAAGCACGUGAAGUUGGCAACGGGUGUCCGUUGGACCUGCUCAAGCCACUCGUCUAAAAAGUGCAGGGGCGCGCUAAUACUGGACGAGGGGGGCUCCGUGAUUAGAAGCAACCCGCUGCACACGCACGAACCAAGCCACUACCACUGCUUGAGGGAUGGCGUCUACUACAAGCUA